ACAUACUCAUACGGAUCAAACAUAGAUCAGGUUGGCAGCUCGACUCAUAUUUUGCCGGUCUUAGGUCAUUCCCACCUGCUUUUCUGGACUGUGCCCUAUAAAUCCCCCCACAAUUCUCCUCAAAAAGAUCGCUUCUCUUCAUUUUUUGUUCUUCUUUCUUCAAGAGUAGGCUUUUGGAGAGAGAGUAGCUCCGAUGUCGAUAAGGACUGUGAAAGUCAGCAAUGUUUCCCUCAGUGCAUCCGAGCAGCAUGUCGAGGGGUACUUUUCCUUUUCUGGAGAAAUCGAAUAUGUCGAGAUGCGUAGUGGGGAUGAAAGCUCAAAAAUUGCAUACGUCACUUUCAAAGAUUCCCAGGGAGCAGAUAAUGCACUACUUCUAUCG